AAUGAGAGAUUUUUUUCCCAUGAUGCACCUCUUACACAAACGACCCGCGCCAACUGUGAACACAGUGUCAACGCUUAGUUGUGUUUCAGCACUUUUGUUCGGGCAAUUUGGCUAUGACUACAUGCAGCAACUCUACUGUUCUUAAAGAUGUCGUUGCCUAUGUGGAUGUGUGGUCAUCUGACAAAAGGGCAAACUAUUCAAGAUCCUUUAUUCCUCAGCUACAAGAAAUGGGAGCUCAGGUGUCAAAAAGAUUCAGUAAGCAGGUCACUCACGUCGUGUUCAACAGUGGACAUGCAACCACAUGGAGAAAUGCUAAGAAAAGUGAUGUACAUCUAGUUUCUGCUUUGUGGAUACAAAGAUGUUUUGAUGAAGGAACACGUGUGGAUGAGGAGUUAUUUCCAGCUUCAAAUGAUGAAAGCAAUCCUGUGAUAAAGAACAGAAAACAUCGUUGCAUGUUACCUAAGAAUUCCCCUGAGAGGAAAACUGAAAAUGACUGGCGGAAAAAGAAAAAACUAAACAAGAUGUUGAAAGAUUUACCUUCAAAAGGGCCUCUAGUUACAGAUUUAUCGCCCAUUAUUAUUGAUGAAGAGAAUGGAAUAAUUUACAGUCCCUCCAUGAAAAGGUCAGAUUACAUGGCACAGCGCUUGAAGGACAUGAAGGACAAACCGGAAGACCCGUCACUAACAGCUUCACAAACCGCUGAAUCCUGCUCACCUACAGGGAUUAAACCUGAUCUUGGGAUGUCACCAACUGUCCUCAAGUUUACGUUAGAUGACCAGCCACAUGAUGAUUCCUGUGUUUCUGCCUCUUCACCUGGUUGUUCGUCUGAUGAAGAGGAAACAUCACACGUUGAAGCUAAAGAUCGGGGUCAUUCUAUCAGUCCUCUGUCAUCACCCUGUCAAGAUGUUCCCAGACGGAUUUCACAUGUGCGUAACUUUCCACGCUUUGACCUCGAAAUGAAUGAAGAAGGGAAUAAAAGCAGUAAGCUUAAAAUGGAUAAAGAAGCAAAUGAAAACAAGAAAAAGACAACAGACAAACUUCAGUCUAAAUCUGUUUUAGAAAGCCCUUUGCAGGACAGAUCUGGUGAUUCUAAGGGUUCCUAUGGAGUUCAAAUGAUAAAAUCAGCCCACCUGUCCCCUCAAAAUGUUGAAGUUGGAAAUAAAAACCGUACGUUUAAAUCCUGUAAAGGUUCUGUGAAGUCUUCAAGACGCCAUUCAACAUCAACGCUUUUACUUGACUCUACAACCAAAAUGUCAAAGGAAACAUCAGUAGUCAAAAAGACUGAGAGGAAAACACCCAAAAAAUCUAGAUCAGUAGCGCAUUCACUGAUUAAAGCUUUCUCUCUGCCGAGUGAAUGUGAAAGCGUUGCCUCUGGCACAACGGAUGGAGGCAGUGAUGUGUUUGAGGAUUACUUUUCUCCAGCCAACCACCGGAAGUCUGUUUUUUCCAAUCUACCCCAAGACAUUCAUGUUCAGAUGCCCUUUGAGUUGAGCCCUGUUCCAAGCAAGAGAAAGCAAAGAAGUGAAAACAGCAAUUCGGACACCAAGGGGGAAAAAAAGCGGAAACUGGAGGAAAAUUCUUGUGGCAAACAUCUAGAACAGCAAACAAUUGGAAGCUAUGAGCCUUGGUGUUUCAGAGCGCCUCUCCCAGCACCUGACAGCCCACAGAUGGCUGAAACACAAAGCACCAGGAAAGACGAAGAUGAUGCUGCUGACAGCCAGAAACCAGCAACCUCAUCAGGUCCACCAUCACUGCAGGCAAAAGAUCCUACAGGGGAAGAACACCCAAAGGAGUCUGAUUUCCCAGGUCUUUCUUCAACCCUGGAAAGUGGAGGAAAUGAAUGCAGGGGUGCAGCUGGUUUCAAAGAGAUCCCCCCUGAAGCAGAAGAAAAUCUCUAUAAGCAAGACGACUCGAGUCUUCAGAGAAUGGUUAACAAAGCAAAGGUUAUGAGAACACUGGUCAUGACAAGUAUGCCAACUGAGAAGCAGAGUACGGUGGUGCAAGUAGUGCAAACGCUGGGUGGGUUUUUAAUCGUCGACCAGGUGUGUGAGAGCACCACUCAUGUUGUGUCUGGGGGACACAGGCGGACCCUCAACAUCUUGCUUGGCAUUGCACGGGGCUGCUGGAUCCUCUCUUUUGAAUGGAUUCUGUGGUGUUUGGAGCAAAGGCAGUGGAUUCCAGAGGAACCAUAUGAACUUUCAGAUCAGUUUCCUGCAGCACAAAUUUGCCGUCUCCAGAGGCAUCUUUCUGCUGGAGAACACCAACAGGACCUGUUCCAAGACCAGCCAGCCAUGUUUGUGUCCCAGCACUCCCAGCCACCCCCCCAGAGUCUGGUGGAGCUGAUUCAGCUGUGUGGGGGAGCCGUUUGCAAAACUGUGCGGCAGGCAGGCAUCUGCAUUGGGAAGUACAGUGGCCGGAGACCAGAGGGAAACAGGAUUUUGUCUGAGCAGUGGAUUCUUGACAGCAUCACUAAUCUGAAGGUAUUACCAUAUGAGAACUACGACUUGGAGUAAGAGCCACACGGUAUAUUUUCUACAGAAUGUUGAUUUUUUUUCUAUAAAAUAAAUCAGUUUUUUAAAAUUGAUUUAUGUAAAAGUUUUCAGUUUCCUAAGAUUCUGUUGUUUGGAUCUUAAUUGUUUUCGUGUUUCUAACAAAGGGUAGGAACCACUACUGUGAAUUUUUAAUUUCCUUUCUGAAAAUGUGAUUUAUAAAGGUUUGAGCCAGUGGGACACCUCCUCCUUUAAGAUGUUUUGUGAUGUUUAUUAAUAAAAUACAUUUUUUUAUAGUAUCAUUGAGGUAAUUCUAAUCCAUUAAACUUUGUUAAAGAAAAUAAGAUCAGCUGUUAAGGUUUCACAGGUUCCAGGUCUCCAAACAGAAGCUUUUUCUUUUUUUUUAAUGUGAAAGAAAGUUAUAAAAAUCUUUAUCUGUAUGUUUGUUGAUUUUAUUUGCUCUGUUCUUUUACAUAAUCUGGUAUUAGGAGUUGUUUGGACCACAUGACUUGUUUUCCAACACCAUUCAGUUCACCUUUAUGAAAAAUACAAACUUUACCAUCUCUGUUUAUGUAUUUACAUUUUUAAACUGUCAAAAAUCAAGUUUUGAAAGUUAAAAGCAUCAAACUCAAAUAUCAGAAAAUGGAUCUGCUAUUUAUUUUCUUAUUCUUUUUUUUUCUGGAGUUGAUGCAAAAUUUAAAUGUACGUGGGAUUGUUGUCCUGCCACUUCUGGAUUACAAACUGUGUUGUGCGAUGACAAUGUGAUGAACUCAUAGAAACGUAUAUUAAAAAUAUAUAAACCAUUA